GCCGGCGGCCCCCGACUUGCGCGCUUGCAGCACGUCCGCCAUAGCGGCUACAGCGUCACAGCUACCUGAGUAAUCUUAUAAGCGGAGGGGGAGCAGGAGGAGAGGGAACAAAGCAGAGGAAGAGAGGAGGAGGGGGGGAGGGAACAAAGCAUAGGAAGGGAAGAACUUCAAGGGGGAGGAGAAGAGCAGCAGACGGAAGACAUCCGGCAAUGGCAUGGAAUUAUAAGGCUUCUGAUUCUUCCCAUGGUGACAAUGGCGACUGGCCGUCACUCUCGGUAUCACACUCACCUCACUCGCCAGUGCCCAGGAAGGUCAGUGCAUCCAAGACAGAAGAUGUUGAUGACAGGCACAGGGAGCGUCAUCACUCGCCAGUGGGUGAGGGAAAGGUAGGAGGACGUUGGUCGGGUGGAGGACGGCGGACACACGCACAAGGCGAGGAGGCACACUCAGGCCAGCCAUCGCCUUCUGCUUCAAACAAUGCAUGGGGCAAACCUCUGACAAGUGUCGCAGCACAUGCCACAGUUGGUAGUGACGACGGUGGUCGUCCUAGUCAGGGACGUGACCAUCCGGAUGGUUAUCGUCAGGGACGGGACCAUCCGGAAGGUCGUUGCCAUGGGAGUAAGGAGAGCCCGAGGAGCCCAAGCGAGCAGCACCAUAGCUCGCCACGGCAUGAGGAGGUGGUCUCCUCUCCUCCGCAUAGUGCCUGGUCUAAGCCCUUACCUCCAAAAGGCGUCCAGAAUGGAAAAGGUGAGCAGGUCAAGGUCCAUGACGCCCACUCACCAGGGAAGGCUGCAGCAGGAGGAGGGGGAGGGGGAGGGGGAGGGUCCUGGGCUGCCAUUGCUGGCAAGGGAAGCACAGAGGCAGAGGGAAAACCGGUGGGGCGACCAAGCAGUGGUCGAGGAGGAAGGUGUGCGGGUGCCCCUUCCCCUCGUGAGAUGGUCAGAGCGCUUUAUGCGAAGGUCACUCCAGCGCAGAUGGAGCCCACGCGGGAAGAGCUGAAUGACAUCUCCCUUGCAGCUGCCCGCCUGUGGGAGCUUGACGUUAAUCGCCUUGUACCUGAUAAAGACUACCAAAUCGAGUGCGGGCAAGGGAAAACGAGCUACAACAAGCGGGAUAUGGCAAAAGAUUCACUCUUCCAAUAUGUUGAUCCACAAGUGUUUCAACGACCGACCUACAAAACGUUCAUGGCGCUGCUAGACAAUUACAAUCCAGACGUGUUGUCCCCGGAGAGCGUAACAGCAGCAGAGAUCAGAGAAAAUGCGUUUUUCCUCACUGCGGCAUUGGAGAGCCCAUGUUUAAAAUAUGUACACAGGUGGCUGGUUGAGCAGCGCUUGGCUCCUUCCCGCCCCGAGGACUUCAAAAGCUUCCUUGGCGAUCUUUGGUUUACGGUUUAUAACCGCGGUGGUGGUCGUGGAUCCUCCUCCGCAUUUGAGCACGUCUUUGUGGGAGAGGUCUCUGGCGAUGUCGUGAAAGGUUUCCACAAUUGGAUCCAAUUCUACAUUCUGGAGAAGAAUAAAAUGGUUGAUUAUAUGGGAUUCAUUCUUCCGAGAAGACGAGGCGAGCAACUGCCUGACCGCUUCGAUCAAGUAAUGCAGAUCCAGUUCGAAUGGGGAGACGAUCUGAAGGAGUUCUCCACACUAUUUAUUGGCGUCAGUCCUGAGUUUGAGCUCGCGCUCUACACGAUGUGCUUUCUGUCCGGCAUGGCCGAGGUUCAAGUGGACAUGGGCGGCUACGAUCUAAAAGUCAUCAGCCACAGGAUGCCCAACGGAAAGCUAGCUGCCUGCUAUGCUGACGUCCUGUGAUGAUCAGGCGAGGCGGGGCACACACAAUGUCAGCUGUUUUGUGUGCUAUGCCACAAGCAUGAACCUACUGGGAAAAGUAGGGCAGGUUCAUAACAACUUAGUACCGACAUAGCACCAGUCAGAACACGAUCGGCCGUGCUGUGCAACAAGCAUGGACCUAGUGGUCACACUACUGGCCAGGUUCGUAAUAACUGAAGUACAAGCAUAGCACCAGUACUAGUGGUCAGGUUCAUAAUAACUUACUAGUACAAGCAUAGCAGUGAUAGCACCAGCAGUACGAUCAUAGCACCAGUUACUAUUAACACAGCCCCUGGUCACACUAGUUGGCCAGGUUCUUAACAACUUAGUACCGACACAGCCACCACCCGGAAUGCUACCCGCCGACGUGCUAUGCAACAACAAGCAGGAACCUACUGGUCACAUUCCUGGCCAGGUUCACAGUAACUUAGUGCAAAGUUGCAAACAUAGCACAGGUAGUACGAACACAGCAGCCGUAGCACCACCAACACACCACCCCCCACCAGUCCCUCCGAGAACAAGCAUGAACCCAGUGCUGACACUGCUGCCCGUGUUCGUAAUAACUUGGUACAAAGUACUCCAAACUUAGAACCAGUUGGUCUGACAAGAACCCUUGGUUGGUUUAAACUUUAAACUUACAACCAGUUGGUCUGACAAGAACCCUUAGUUGGUUUAAACUUAGUACUACAGUUAUUAGAACCCGUUGAUCUGACUAGAACCCUUAGUACUACCAACUUAGUACCCACCCACAUAGCAGCACCAUCCAGUCGGACCAACAAGCGUCAACCUACCGGUGGUUGCCACACGACUGCCCAGGGUCGUAAUAACUUAGUAAUACGAACCUGGCGCCGAUUGGUUGGACAGAGCCCUUUAAUUAUUAUUAUUUUAUUAAGUCUGUCUCCUUCACAGAACG